AUGGACUCCUCCUCCGAGUCGCAGUGGCUGUCCCAGCUGGCAGCCAUGCGCCAGGCUAUCGCCGAUUUGAAGCUUCCGAAAGACCUACCCCACGAUACUGUCAACUACGGCAGUGACGUCGAACUCGACAUCGACGAUGACUACGCUUCUUCCGGCACGGCUGGCACGGUCGACGAUGUAUGGGACAUUAUCAGCUCCGACAACGAGACCAUCGAUGAUCUCGACGACUUCGACCGUUUUCCCCUCUCCCAGACCUCCCUCUACGACCGACUCUGGCUGGAUGGAAAAUGUCAGGAAUUGGCGGUCCGGAACUCGAGCAUGGACGCAGCGGAGCUGGCUCAGCAGAUUACUGCUACGCUGGCCGCUGAUAGUGACGAUGCCGAGCUCCAAAUGUCCCUCGCUGAAAUUGUGGGUUUUGACGAUUUGGACUUGGUGAUCGAGCUCAUUGCGCAUCGUGCGGAGAUUCUGUCGGAUAAACCACAUCGGGCCGAAGACCAGACCGAUGGUCUAGCGGCAGGCAAGCUUCUUACUCGAGUUGAGAGGGAGCAGGCCUUGCGUCAACGGGACUAUGACCACAAACAUGCGCCUUUGAUGGCGGCACAAUCUCGAUCCGAGCCUGUUUACCCCCAUGUGUUCAAAGCACACAGCACUGGAAACACCCUCUCCGCGAACGGCAAAAAGUACGGCCUACCGGUAGGCAGCAAGACCUUCGAAGAACCAAACUACACCGAAUAUGAGAUCCCUGCAUCAAAAGUUGGGACACUGGCAAGGGGCCAGAAGCUGGUGGAGAUCGCUGGAUUGGAUGGUCUCUGCCGUGGUACAUUCAAAGGCUAUAAAUCUCUCAAUCGUAUGCAGAGCUUGUUGUACGAUGUUGCUUACAAGACCAGCGAGAACAUGCUUAUUUGCGCUCCCACGGGUGCGGGUAAAACGGACGCCGCGAUGCUUACAGUCUUGAAUGCCAUUGGAAAGAACACGGUGCCUAAUCCGUUGGAGGAACCCGAUGCCACGGAGUUUACUGUGCAGGUCGAUGACUUCAAGAUUGUCUACGUUGCCCCGAUGAAAGCUCUGGCGGCAGAAGUAACAGAGAAGCUCGGGAAGCGCCUUGCGUGGUUGGGGGUGCAAGUCCGUGAACUGACUGGUGACAUGCAGUUGACCAAGCGGGAAAUCGUGGAUACUCAGGUCAUUGUCACGACUCCCGAGAAAUGGGAUGUCGUGACGCGCAAGAGCACGGGUGACACGGAGCUUGUCCAGAAGGUCCGACUGCUCAUCAUUGAUGAGGUCCACAUGCUUCACGACGAGCGCGGUGCUGUGAUUGAGUCCUUGGUCGCUCGAACACAGCGUCAGGUUGAAAGUACCCAGUCUUUGAUCCGGAUCGUUGGUCUGUCUGCAACACUCCCCAAUUAUAUUGACGUCGCCGAUUUCUUGAAAGUCAACAAAAUGGCGGGAAUGUUCUUCUUCGACCAGUCAUUCCGACCAGUACCGCUGGAGCAGCAUUUCAUCGGUGUCAAAGGAAAGCCUGGAUCCAAGCAAUCCCGUGAAAACAUUGAUCAAGUUGCGUUUGAAAAAGUCCGUGCCAUGCUGGAAAGAGGCCAUCAGAUUAUGGUCUUUGUGCAUUCUCGCAAAGAUACUGUCAUGACUGCUCGCAUGCUCAAGCAGAUGGCAGCCGAAGACGGUUGUGAGGACCUGUUCAGUUGCCACGAGCACGAAGAUCACUCCAAUGCCCUUCGAGACAUGAAGCAUGUCCGUGCCAAAGAGCUGAAAGAUCUUUUCGCCGGUGGGCUCGGAACACAUCACGCUGGUAUGAGCCGGAGCGAUCGAAAUCUCAUGGAACGCAUGUUCGGCAAGGGCCUGAUCAAGGUCCUUUGCUGUACGGCCACUCUUGCUUGGGGUGUCAACCUUCCGGCUGCUGCUGUAGUCAUCAAGGGCACGCAGCUUUACAACCCCCAAGAAGGUAAAUUCGUCGACCUGAGCAUUCUUGACGUGAUGCAGAUUUUUGGUCGUGCGGGUCGUCCUCAGUUCCAGGAUACAGGUAUUGGCUUCAUCUGUACGACUCACGACAAGCUCUCGCACUAUGUGUCCGCAGUGACCGCACAGCAGCCAAUCGAAUCUCGCUUCUCGAGCAGGCUGGUUGACAACUUGAAUGCUGAGAUCUCCCUUGGCACGGUUACUUCCGUUCCCGAAGCAGUCCAGUGGCUGGGCUACUCGUACUUAUUUGUGCGAAUGAAGCGCGAGCCUCGGAACUAUGGGAUCGAGUAUGCCGAGCUUCGGGAUGAUCCAAUGCUGGUUCAAAGACGUCGUCAGUUGAUCAUUCAAGCCGCCCAAACUCUUCAGAAGAGCCAGAUGAUCAUUUUCAACGAAAAAACCGAAGACCUUAAAGCCAAGGAUGUUGGCCGAAUUGCCAGUCAAUACUAUGUCCUCCAAACUAGUAUUGAGAUCUUCAACUCCAUGAUGCGCGAGCGAGCAGGAGAGGCAGAUGUUCUCAAGAUGAUCAGUAUGAGUGGCGAGUUUGACAACAUCCAGGCUCGCGAGAGUGAGUCGAAGGAACUGCAACGCUUGAAGGAUGAAGUCGUGCAGUGUGAGGUCGAAGGUGGAAACGACUCCCCUCAUGCCAAGACUAACAUCCUGCUGCAAUCAUACAUAUCCAAAGCAAGGCUUGAGGAUUUUGCUCUUGUCUCGGACUCCGGAUACGUCGCUCAGAACGCUGCCCGUAUCUGUCGAGCUCUGUUCAUGAUUGCCCUGAAUCGCAGAUGGGGUUACCAAUGCCAGGUCCUUUUGUCGCUGUGCAAAUCGAUUGAGAAACAGAUUUGGCCCUUCGACCAUCCGUUCCACCAAUUCGAUCUUCCACAGCCAGUCUUGCGGAAUCUGGAUGAAAAACUGCCAUCUUCAUCUAUCGAAUCUAUGAGAGAGAUGGAGCCCGCAGAGAUCGGCUCUCUUGUUCAUAACCAAAAGAUGGGCAAGGUGCUGUCUAAGCUCCUGGAUAAUUUCCCUACUAUCAGCGUCGAGACUGAGAUCGCACCCCUCAACCGGGAUGUCCUCCGCAUCCGCCUUUCCAUCUAUCCUGAAUUUUCUUGGAACGAUCGACACCAUGGAGCUUCCGAAUCUUUUUGGAUCUGGGUCGAAAACUCGGAAACAUCUGAAAUCUACCAUCAUGAGUACUUCAUUCUAAGUCGCAGAAAGCUGUACGAUGAUCACGAGCUCAAUUUCACAAUCCCGCUGUCGGACCCGCUCCCUAGCCAGAUCUACGUUCGAAUCCUCUCCGAUCGCUGGCUUGGGGCAGAGACCGUUAGCCCGGUCUCAUUCCAACACUUGAUUCGGCCGGACACAGAGAGUGUAUACACAGAUCUUCUCAACCUGCAGCCGCUUCCAAUCAGUGCGCUCCAGAACCCCAAUCUGGAAGAGCUGUACGGACAGCGCUUCCAGUUCUUCAACCCCAUGCAAACGCAGAUCUUCCAUCUCCUCUACCACACCCCGGCAAAUGUUCUUCUCGGAUCUCCGACUGGUAGUGGUAAGACUGUGGCAGCCGAACUGGCAAUGUGGUGGGCAUUCCGCGAAAAGCCUGGAUCGAAGGUGGUCUACAUCGCUCCAAUGAAGGCACUUGUUCGCGAGCGUGUCCAGGACUGGCGCAAACGUCUCAUUGGACCGAUGGGUCUCAAGCUCGUUGAGUUGACUGGUGACAACACUCCGGACACUCGAACCAUCCGCGAUGCCGACAUUAUCAUUACCACCCCUGAAAAAUGGGAUGGUAUCUCGCGUAGCUGGCAGACUCGUGACUACGUGCGAAAGGUCAGUCUAGUGAUCAUUGACGAAAUCCAUCUUCUGGGUGGCGACCGAGGACCCAUUCUAGAGAUUAUUGUUUCUCGAAUGAACUACAUCGCCUCGCAGUCCAAGGGAUCCGUUCGUUUAAUGGGUAUGUCGACCGCUUGUGCAAACGCGAGCGACCUCGCCAACUGGCUUGGUGUUAAAGAGGGGCUCUACAACUUCCGACACUCUGUUCGACCUGUUCCGCUAGAGAUUUUUAUCGACGGCUUCCCUGAACAACGUGGUUUCUGCCCGCUUAUGCAGUCCAUGAACCGACCUACUUUCUUAGCAAUCAAAAACCACUCCCCAGAGAAACCUGUCAUCGUUUUUGUUGCCUCCCGCCGACAGACCCGUCUUACUGCCAAGGACUUGAUCAAUUAUUGUGGCAUGGAAGACAAUCCUCGCCGCUUUGUCCGCAUGUCCGAGGAUGACUUGGAAGCCAAUAUUGCCCGUGUCAAGGAUGAAGCCCUGAGGGAGGCUCUUAGCUUCGGUAUUGGCUUGCACCAUGCCGGUCUGGUUGAGUCCGACCGACAACUGUCUGAAGAGCUCUUUGCAAACAAUAAGAUCCAGAUCCUUGUCGCUACAAGCACUCUGGCCUGGGGUGUUAAUUUACCUGCCCAUCUGGUGGUUGUUAAAGGCACACAGUUCUUCGAUGCCAAAAUUGAGGGGUAUCGGGAUAUGGAUUUGACCGAUGUUUUGCAGAUGCUCGGACGUGCUGGACGUCCUCAGUUCGACAACUCUGGUAUCGCUCGCAUCUUUACCCAAGACUCCAAAAAGGCAUUCUACAAACAUUUCCUCCACACUGGUUUCCCCGUGGAGUCGACGCUACACAAGGUUCUGGAUAACCACCUGGGAGCCGAAGUGUCCGCUGGCACUAUCGGGACGAAGCAGGACGCUCUGGAUUAUCUGACCUGGACGUUCUUCUUCCGUCGUCUCCACAAAAACCCAUCCUACUAUGGUCUUGAGAUUUCAGCAGAAGAACAGAACUCAAUCGCUGCCCAAACCAUCGCCCAAGACUUCAUGAUUGAUUUGGUUGACAAAUCCCUGGAUGACCUGGCGGAGUCGUCUUGCGUGAUUGUGGAUUCUGCUACUGGCGAGGUGGACUCGACGCCCUUCGGCAAGAUCAUGAGUUACUACUACCUGUCACACAAGACAAUCCGAUACUUGAUGUCCCACGCCAAGCGCGACCCGACCUUCCAAGACGUUCUGAGCUGGAUGUGCUCUGCCACUGAAUUUGACGAGCUACCUGUGCGGCAUAAUGAAGAUCUUAUCAACGCCGAGAUGGCCCAGCAUCUGCCGCUUGGUAUAGACUGCAUGGGUGACGUUCCAAUGUGGGAUCCCCAUGUCAAGGCUUUCCUCCUGCUGCAAGCAUACAUGUCGCGCAUCGACCUCCCAAUUACUGAUUACGUGGGUGACCAGACAUCCGUUCUGGACCAGGGCAUUCGUAUCAUCCAAGCAUCUAUCGACGUGAUGGCAGAACUCGGAUAUAUCCCCGCUUGUCAGAUGUUGAUGACUCUGCUGCAAUCCAUCAAAUCCGCCCGCUGGCCCGAGGAUCAUCCGUUGUCCAUUCUCCCCGGCGUGGAAGUGGAGAAGCCUAUCGGUGGUCUUCCUUCGUCUUUGGUGGCACUCUGUUCACAGCCCGUGUCAGCAGUUGCUAGCCUGGUCAAGAGACUGAACCUCCCGCCGCACUUCACUAGGAUAGCUUCGCAACUCCCACAGCUUUCAAUCUCCGUUGGUACUGUGUCUUCCAAGGGCAUGGAAAUUUACCUCACCCGGCAGAACCCGGCCACAAACCCCGAUUACAAAAUCUAUGCCCCUCGUUUCCCCAAGCCUCAGACCGAGGGUUACUUCCUCAUUGUGUGCAGUGCACGACCCGAUGGUGGCGACGACGAGCUGCUGGGUUUGAAGCGCGUCUCUUGGCCACCUCUCUCCAAGCAGAGAGGCGCAAACAGGGGUCGGGGAAGCGCUGGUCCCAGUCGUGGUGGAUCAUCCAACUCUGGAGGCAGGAACAACAAUGCCCCGCUCAGCGUUCGCUCCUUGGUUAAGUUCCCUGGCGCUGCUCUUGCCGAGUCGUCCUCUGUCAGUACAGCUGGCAUUGCCCGGGUGAAUGUGAGAGCCAUUAGUGACUCUUAUCCUGGAAUGGCAUGGAUGUUGUCGAACGUGGAGGUAGAAGUGGGAGUUGGCUCGGCUACCCAGUCUGUUGAGCCUUCAUCAAGCGUUCAUUUGAAGUGA